GCGCUUUAAAUCUCAUGACAUCUGUCAUUGAAUAUUUUUAUGUAUAAACAUGAUAAAAAUGCAAAUAAUUGCUAUUAUAGCCGACAAAUAUAGUAAGUAGAAGUUGAAAUGUAUUCCGAGGACCACACCAGAUACGUUUUGUUGACGAAUGGGGCCAAUAGAACCAAUUGGAGAUUCGAUAGAAGGACUUUAAUACUGUUGAGUGUGAUUAUAUUGCCUAUUGUUUUCUUUUGCGGUACAUACAUGACUUUGUUUGGGGUGUACGAGAAAACUGUUUAUCCGAUAACACAAACUUUGAAUGUGCCAGAUCAACUUGUAGAGCGAUCUGAUAAAUAUGGUAAAUUCGUAAACGUCGUAAAUACAGAGAAAAUUGGGUUUUUAAGUCAUAUAAAAAAUAUCAGCGAUUACAGGCAAUAUAAGUUGGUUUGUUACUAUAAUUUUCCUCAAAACGAAAUAGUACAGUUAAAAGGUGAAAAUAUAGAUCCAAAUUUGUGUACGCAUUUAAAUUUAGCGUUUGUUUCGGUCGUUAAUAAUACUUUAAAUGUUGAAAAUAGUCAACUGAAUGAUAUCAAAAGAAUUUUGUUGUUAAAAAAUGUAAAUAAAGACUUGAAAAUAUUAUUAUCAGUGGGGGGAGCAGGGGACAAAAAUGGCUGGCCGGAAAUGGUGAAAAAUCAUACCAACCGAAAAAGUUUUAUUAAAUCGGUUAUGACGUUUAUAAAAACAUACAAAAUUGAUGGUGUAGACUUGGACUGGGAAUUCCCCAAUAUCAACGAAAAUUCCGACAAAAAACAAAAACAGCAUUUCACGCAAUUGCUGGAAGAAAUGUUUAUAGCGAAAAGAAGACAAUAUUUGAAUUUUUUAAUCACUCUAGCAGUUGCCGCACCUGUAAACAUCGUCGAUUUCGCCUACGAUAUACCCUAUAUCAACGAGUACGUUGAUUUUAUAAAUCUUAUGUCGUACGAUUAUCAUUUUUACACGAAAUUCACGCCUUUCACCGGUUUAAAUUCGCCUUUAUACGGUAGUUCAAAUGAAGCAUCAAUUUUCUCGAGUUUGAAUAUAAACUAUUCCGUGAAUUACUGGAAUUACAAGGGAAUGGAUAAAAGUAAAAUCGUUGUAGGGCUGCCAACGUACGGACACAGCUUUAAGUUAGUAAAUGCGAGAAAUAACGGUCUGUACGCCCCUGCCAGGGGUUAUGGUAAGCUAGGGUCCAAAGGUUUUAUCGAUUUCAGCCAGGUUUGCACUUUUUUGGCGCUAAAUCAUAUCACCCCGGUUUUUGACCUUGAAACUAAAAGUCCCUACGCUUCAAAGUAUACGGAGUGGAUUUCUUUUGACGAUGCGCAAAGUUUAUCGUACAAGGCUGAAUUUAUAAGAGACAACCAUUUUGGUGGUGCAAUGGUUUAUUCUCUUAAUACAGACCGGACCAUAAAGGACUUUGCAUACCUACAGGGAAAACCAAUCAAAAAUUCCCUCUAAUAAACACGAUUAAAAAACAUAUUGGUUAAAAAAAAUAACGUUUAAAUCGAAAAUUCUACGAUUUCGUCGAUUUUGACAGUUAUGAGGCAUAAAAUCACAUUCCAAGGUCAAAUUUUGACAUUUGAUUUGUCUAUUUA